UGUUUCAUUUUUCAGAACUCUUAACUCUUCCACUUGUCAUUGCUAACAUAUCAUUGUAAUCUUUUAGGUUGUUCUCUUUUCAAGCUUUGAAAACCCUUCUCUGGAGUUACACCAAAGAACUUUCUCCCUUUUUUCUCAUCGAUCGUCUAAGCUAUGGCAAGGAAUAAGAAUUUACAAGCCAAACUGGUGGGUACUUCUAGGGGACAUGGGAACGGGGAAGACGAGUUUGGUGCUUAGAUUUGUCAAAGGUCAAUUUUCAGAAUAUCAGGAAUCAACAAUUGGAGCAGCAUUCUUCACUCAGGUUCUGUCUUUAAAUGAAGCCACAGUGAAGUUUGAUAUAUGGGACACAGCAGGGCAAGAAAGAUACCAUAGUUUGGCUCCUAUGUAUUAUCGUGGUGCUGCUGCUGCUAUUGUUGUUUAUGACAUUACAAGCACGGAUUCUUUUGUACGGGCAAAGAAGUGGGUUAGAGAAGUGCAAAGACAAGCAAAUCCAAAUUUGAUAAUGUUUUUGGUGGCUAACAAGGCUGAUUUGGAAGACCAGAGAAAAGUUGGAAAUGAGGAAGGUGAGGAAUAUGCCAAAGAAAAUGGCAUGUCUUUCUUUGAAACUUCAGCAAAAACAGCACAGAAUGUCAACGAGCUCUUCUAUGAAAUAGGUAAGAGAUUGGCAAAAGCCAACCCUUCGCGUCAAACAGGAAUUAAGCUUCAUGGCAGACCUCGAGAAACGAGAAGAAGACUGUUUUGUUGCGCUUAAGCUUUAUGAACGGAAUAUCUUUAAUCUUUCGCAUUAUAUGUAAUAUAUUAUACUCGAGAAGAACAUAUGUUUGUUCAGUCUGUGUACAUGGUAAGAUCUCACACCCGAAGUGUGGCGGUACCUUUUGUAUCGGCAAACUUCUGAUGUCAUUUAUAUGUGCUUAAUCAUUUACAUGACUCAGUAAUCAGUAGUAAGUGCUAAAUAGAUAACAAAUGGAUAGAUAUUUGGUGCUUCCAUCCGACAAGCACUGCAUAUUUAAAGGAGAUCCAAUUUAGUACAAAACUGUCUAUCCAUUUGAAAGGCACAUUGAUAAUCAAGCAGUGUAUUAAAUGAUUGAAACAUUCUACUAGAGCUUCAUAUGUGAGGAAGAGAUUCAUAUGUGCUUUCAUUGGAGUGUGGUCUUGUUACUUUAUGUUGAGCUAAAAUUUGUAUAUCCACAUGCUCAUUUAAGAA